AAACUGAAGAAUCGCAAUGGCCUUACACACAAAGAGAGAUAGCCAAUUGAAGUGAUAAAAACGCCUCAUGAAGGGAUUCAGCGAUAAGCACUCUUCAAUGAUCUACGUUUUCACUGUUGGCUUUCGUUGUUGGUUUUGCUUAUCUAAUUGAAAAUUUGACAAUUAGUACUCACAGCGUGGCGGAUUUAGCUUAUCUGAAAUGGAAAUAGGGUUUUCAUUUGGUGAUCUGCAGCAGUUAGUCUUCUAUUUCAUCUCGAAAGCAGAACUUGCUGAGUGCAAUUAUGUGGCCAAUCUUGCUGCUGUUGUGUCUUCUUCCUGGCAAUUUGGAAGGGGCUCGCAUCCUGGCAGUGUUCCCCUUACCGAGUCCUUCGCAUUACUUUUUCGCCCUACCCUAUCUUAAUAGUUUGGCCUCCCUGGGUCACGAAAUCACCAGCGUAAGUCCGUAUCCACAAAAGGAGCCGUUUAAGAAUAUACACGACAUUCCAGUUCCGGAGGUUUUUGAAAACUUUAGUGAAAUCCUCAGGAUUGCAUCUACUCCCAGGAGCACCUGGCAAAGUAGUGAUUUCAUCAACGAAUAUGUCCUGAAUCUUACAAGGACUGUGCUAAAUAACGAGGGAGUGCGUCGCAGGAUUCUAGGCCCGCAGAAGCCUCACUUCGAUCUCAUGGUAAUGGAUCUUUGGCGAACCGACGUUCUAAUUGGCCUGGCUGCCUAUUUUGAUGCCCCCAUUAUUGGAUUGGGAUCCUAUGGCACCGACUGGAAGAUUGACGAGUUGAUGGGCAACAUUUCACCGAUGUCGUACCUGCAAUCUCCCUCCUCACGAUUUUACGAUCUGGAGGCUUUUGGACAGCGUUUGUCAUACCUUGUGGAACGAACUCUUUCUCAUAUCAACUACAAGUGGCGACAUGUGAGGAAACAGGAAGCUCUCUAUAGGCAAUACUUCCCCAGCAUCGCUGAGGGGAAACCCUUGUCGGAGAUAUCCAGGAACUUUUCUCUGGUCCUCCUCAAUCAGCACUUCACACUGGGUCCUCCGCGUCCUUAUGUUCCGAAUAUGAUCGAGGUGGGGGGUCUGCAUGUGAAUCCGAACCCAGAGGCUCUUCCCGCCGAACUGGACAACUUUAUCCAGGGUGCAGGUGAAGCGGGAGUUAUCUACUUCUCACUGGGAACCAAUGUCAAGAGCAAAUCCCUAUCCGAGGACCGCCGAAAAGUGUUGCUGGAGACUUUUGCCAGCCUGCCACAGCGAGUUCUUUGGAAAUUCGAGGACGAGCAGCUGCCGGGAAAACCACCGAAUGUGUUUAUAAGUAAAUGGUUCUCGCAGCAGUCCAUCCUGGCCCAUCCCAAUGUGAAACUCUUCAUAACCCACGGUGGCCUACUGAGCACCAUUGAGAGCAUUCAUCACGGAAAGCCCAUGUUGGGUUUGCCCUGCCUCUUUGAUCAGUUCCGAAAUAUGGCACAUGUCAAGCAAAUGGGUCUCGGUCUGGUUCUCAACAUAAAGGAAAUGACCAGUGAGGAUUUCAAUUCGACCAUUAGAAGGCUGCUAACGAAUAAGAGUUUCGAGGAGACGGCAAGGAUUACGGCGGUCAGACAUCGGGAUCAACCCAUGAAGCCCCUGGAAACGGCGAUCUGGUGGACCGAAUAUGUCCUGCGACACAAGGGAGGUGCUCACAUGCAGGUGGCCGGCAAGGACUUGGACUUCGUAAGGUACCACAGCCUGGAUGUCUUCGGCACCUUUUUGAUCGGCGCUCUAGGUUUGCUAGUAGUCCUUACAUAUUUCAUCGCUGUCACCCUAAGAAAAUGCCUCUUACUAAAACAGGAUACCAAUGAGGCAAUAAAGAAGAUGCAGUAAAGUUCUCUUUGGUUGUAAUUUUUAGAAAGUGUUAA